GGACCCGAUCGGUCAGUCCGGAGAAGAAGCAGCGCGCGUGCAGUAGUUAGCACGCUGUCUGUCACGCGUGAUACAUCCACACGGUUCUUCAUUACAAUCGGCGCGCGUACACGGUGCUUCCCUGUUCAUUUCAUCCGUUCGAAGUCACCUUCCGGUAGAUCCCACCGCGGGUUUCCGUUCUUCCGUUUGGUUGCGUGAGACGACGCGACUGCCCCUUGGUGCUCUAUCGUGACUACCACACCACGAGUCCGUGCGUACACCGUUCGGCGAUUCUCGUGUACGCUCGUUGACGAUCGUCGUCGGGCACCGUCAUCCGUCGCCAUCUUGACGGUCCGCCUACCAAUCAACGUCACGAUCGUCACGGAACGGAGAAAGGUACACGAGGCGACACCUUUCGCCGACGGCGCGGACCUGUCCCUCACACGUGUUGCGGAAAAAGACGUGCGCGACAUACCACGCGUUUUUAACGUCGUUCUCGCCGUCGUUGUUCUUUCCCUAAAUUAUCAACAAUCUCACCCCACUAUCCCCCGUUCUUCUGCGACCGUAUAGCGAACGGUCGAUUUACUCGAGACUGGUGACCGCGUGUGCGUGUGACAUUUUGAAUUUUCUCUGAGAAAGUGGUGGCGUCUGUCGGCAGGCCCACGCACACACCGUUUUUCAGCACUCCGCCGUCUGUGCUUCCCUUCUCCCUCCAGCCGCGUCCCUUGUCAUUUCGUCUCUGUCGCUCUUCGGUCUCCGGUCCCCUUCUACGACGCUACCCACAGUUCGCAGGGCGUCGCACGCAGGGCGGUACCGAUGCCCUUUCGACCUCCCGCGGUCAUCGAGAGUACGCAAGAGUGCUUCCGUCGCGCGCGGCCGUCUCGCCGUUGAUUCUCACGUUCCGCGACGUUACAAUAUUUUCAGUCGAGGCUCUUCUGUCCUCGAUGCUCGUCCUUUGAGGAUUCGUCUCUGUCUCCGCCUCCCUCUCGCUCUCUCUCUUCCUCGAUAGCACCGCGCGCACGUGUCUCGUCCCGAAAAAAGGAUCGAGGAAACCCGCAAGAAGACGAUCGAACGACCGGCGGAUUUAUAGUUUCCAGUUCUUGCUGCGCGCGACUGUAUGCAUCCGUGGACACCCACGUGCGCCCGUUUCCAGUAUCCAGAGUGUCACACGGUGAUCCUAGCGGACCGAAAAGAGAUGCUGCCGGUGAAACGCAUCUAGUCAUACUCUCGCUACCAAAGUAAACCAAGGCUCGUGCCAGAGUGCCGCGACCUUCCAUCGCGGAGCACCAGAGAGAAACAACCGUCAAGUGUCAUUUAUCGUGAAGUGGUGUAACGCGCACCUGGGACAGCGUCCGUUUUAAUUCAGGAUUCUGCACGGGUCGCAAAGUCACGCGUGUACCAGUGUUCAACAAAUCGCCGAUUACGAGGAUCGGUCAGAGAAACGGAGGCGUCGCGAAGAUGGAUCAUAGCCGAUAGGAGACCUCGGGAGCAGCUGUAGUAUCGCCGAGGAUGCCGCAGAGAGACGUUAUCGCGUGUCGGUCUUCUUGGUGUGCGUGAACGUGUGCGUGUGGCGUGUAAUACUAGUUUGGAAGGAGAAGACGGAUUAAGAAGAGGUUAGGAUGCCGCAGUGCGCCGUGGCUACGUGCCGCAACAGUCAUCGUCGGACCCGCGGACGUCGUAUCCGCUACCAUCGAUUCCCCCAGAUACCGGAAGUGCGCUCGCGAUGGGUGCGCGCGUGCGGUCGCGUGCCCCUCUCGAACGGCGAGAUACCGUUCAACAUACAAACUGCGCGUAUAUGUUCCCUCCACUUCACGAACGAUUCCUACGAGAAGGAUAUGGAGCACCUUGUGCUCGGUCUUCCUGUGCGCAGUAGGCUGCGUCGUGGCGCUGUACCGACGAUCGGCGUGCCGGUGAACGUGCAGCCGGUCACCAAGAUGCUGGUCGAGGACGCGAAGCGCUCCCUCCUCAAGGUCACCCAUGCGAAAAUGCUGACCGGCCAGAAAGUGACCGGCAAGAACGGUCUGGCCGACAGUAAGCAGCAGCACCAUCAGCCGGCCGCGGAAAGGCGGCAGCAGCACCAGCACCACCAACACCAACAACGUGCCAAGAGCGGCAAUCAAGUGAACCAGGAGCAAAAGAUGGCGGGCAUCGACGUGCUGCUUGCCCUCGGACUCAAACCCGCGCCACGUUUGAACAAGAUGCACGCGAUGGAAGGUGCCGCUGGUAAUGGGAAGAAGGUGGACUCGGCCGAGAAGACGAGGGAGGACGAUUCGUCGAGAGCCUCGCCGAAAGUUCCCCAGAGCCAGCAGAAUGGGGCCGCACUGCCGGAGGAGACCGCCGCGGCCCCGGGUACGGUCGAAUGCCUUCGUUCGACGUCCAUAAAGAAGGAACCCCUCUGUGAUUCAGAGUCAGAGACGACGACCAAGACCACCCUAUCGGCGGUGGACACGGCGCAGCAGAAGCCUGUCGCGUCUCGCUGCGCGAAAUCCGAAACGGAAGGAAACGGUAGGAAGCGAAAGGCCGCCGAUGGACAGUUGUCCUCGAACGGGAACCCGGCGCCGAAGAAAUCCUGUCUCGAACAAAGGGAACAGUAUAUAUCGUCUCUGGUCGGCUGUGAGAAAGUUACCGCGGAAGAACUUGCUGCGAGGGCUGAUCAACUUCGUGCCGAAGUACAGGCCUUGGACGAGUUAGCACGUGCCAAAGAAAUGGAAUGGAACGAGAUUCUAAGCAUGAGGAAACUGAAGGAGGAGGCGUACCUGAGAAUCGAAAGAAGGCGACAGGUGAUGGGAUUCAUGGAAGGUAAUGGUCAGUUAGCGGAGACGUUACCUCCGGCUAGCUUAUCGCUUGGUCCCGAAUGGGAGAGCAGCGGUAACACGACACCCGUAUCCAAAGAAAAACUAAAUUUCGGCUCGAAAGAGGACCUGCCCGAGGAAAGUUCUCGGGACUCGCCGGCUUUCAAAAAAGAGAAAACCGGUAAACAAACGUCUCAACGACAAUCGACGCCUCCCAAACAGGGUGGAGAAAAUGGCCGGAAACAGGCUGAAGCCCUCAGCCCAGAAAAUAGGCAGAUCGGCGAGGGUCGGCAAGGAGCCAUCGUCGACGUUAGAUCCAUUAUCGCUGAUUACAGACUGAGACAUCCUGAGAUAGUACCGCGAAGGGGUCGCAGAAUGAGAAAUUCGGUGAACGUUGGCCUUGGAGCUGGCGGUGCUAUGGUAGAAACAGGACACAAUGUUGACUCGAGGCCAUCUAGUACGGACUCUUGUAAAAGCAAUCCGAACAUGUCUGAUCCCAAUAAUUCCAUGAGCUUUAAGGAUGUGCUUGUACAAUUUGCUAAACUGAGUCAACAACAAGGUGAACCCGUGAAAACACCUCAAAAUUAUCCGGAUGUGACACUACACCCCGUGGCGCCGUCUCCAGCACCACAAAAUACACCACCUCAGCAAAGCUGUUCAUUGCUCCAUGGAAUUCUCACGAAAUCACAAUCUCCAAGACCUACAACUUUUUCACCUACUUUAGCUAGAUUACUCACCGCACCUGAAAGAGAAAGGAAUGCACCGACAGCCGCGUCCAUGCCACAGCAAAAUGCGGCAACCCAGCACCUUUUGCAGGCAUAUCAAGGCUCUAAUCCGGUUUCCAUCAGCGACCUUCUGUCUUCUUCCAAGGCUCGAACUGAAAUAACCAUAACACCUGUAGUCAAUACCCCGGUACAAUCUCAUUCAAAUAAUUUAAUUCACGUGGACGACGUUGAAGAGGAAUCAGCAGUAAUCGAAGAUAGAGAAACGCGCAUUUCUUCGGGUGGAAGGGAUGCAAGGGAGGACAGAGACAGUCCUCCGCGAUGCCAAGGGUGUCAUGAACGUGCAGCACAAUUUGUGUGCGCUGGCUGCGGAAAUCAGUGGUACUGCAGCCGUGAAUGCCAAGUUGCUGCAUGGGACGAACACUCAGAAGUUUGUUCUGGCUAAAUAAUGGCGUAUAUCGAUCCAAAACCUCGUACUCGCAGCAACGAGUAAAAUACCUAUUCAACUAAGAAUAAAUCUAGUCAAAAAAGAAUGGCCAAGAAUAUACGCGUAUAUUGAGUACGAUAGGUCGAAGGGAAUGACGUUAAGAAAACAGUGUAUAUUUUUAAGGAUCCUCAGAUAUGUUUAAUCUGUAAAGAAAUAAGUUCUAUUUCAUUAAAGAUGGAUCAACAAGUAAAGAAUGAUAACGCAUCGAACUUCGAACAAUCCGGCGAGAAGAUCGAAGUUUGAGUUGAAACGGUCGUUGCUUCAUUGUAAUCACCGCGCGUUGCUUUUAUUCGAUAUCGUUAUCAAACGAUCGAGGAUCUUUACCGAGAUCAAGAGAGUAUUAACCCUGCUAAAGUUAAGCAUUUAAUGUGUAUCUUCCAAAAAGUAAAUUGUUCCAGAAAUUCCUAAUUAUAAUUCGCGUUAAAUGUAAACACACGUGAGAACUUUAUGUAUCGGAUGCUUUUUUGUUACAUUUUAACAAAUGUAUGACGUACAAUGUUGAGGAUUUUCAACUUUUUUCAAGGGAAGUAAAGAAGGAAGGAAGCUAUAUCUCGCAAUGCUGUACAAAAUUUUAUACAUAUUAGCAGGGUUGUUCAGCAUCUGACUUUAAAUGAAAAUUAAUUAAUCGUGUGCCAUGCGUAAGAUUCGUUUCAUGGUCAGCUUUGCAUUCUGAGAAAGAUCUAAGAUAUAGGUUACUUGAGUGUCUUUAUAAUCCUGUCACAUCAUUUCGUUUCUCUCUUUUAUUUCUAAUUCUAAGCAAAGCAUGUAUGCAUUAUAGUAAAACGACGUCGCAUUUGACGAUCACAGUGCGAGGUACAUAGGGACACUCAACCUUCAUGUAUUUUUGUCGUUCAUUCAAGAUGGGUACAUAAAAUACGUACCUAAUACCAUAUUUUAUACCAUAUUUGUUACCAACGUAUAAAUCUAGAAUUAACGAAACGUUAGCCUUAGUGUAGAUUUAAGCUAUUUCUUUUCCCUUCAGCUCUUUCACUUGUUCGUUGGUAACGUAUUGACACGAUUUAAGUUCACUUUCUCCUUUUUUUUUUAAAUUAGCAUGUUACCCAAACGACAAUUGUCCCAGACAUAAUCUGUAGUCCAAAGUUCCUACAGGUAAACGCAACAUUAUAUAUAUUUUUCCCAAUUACGAUGCAAACCAAAAUAAAAUAAAGUUUUUAAGCGCA